GGAGGCUCUGACUCUGCUGCUCGACACGUUCCACAACGAGGCCGAGUCCUUCCUGCUGUCGGAGGCGGAGCUUCCGCUGCACGUGGAGCGUCUUGUCCAAUCAGUGAAGGCGCUGUGCAGCUCGCUGGCGUCCGUGGAGACGCCCGACGUGACGGCAGCGCUCAGCCAGCUCCCAGCAUGCCCCUGCCGUCUGCAGCCCCGCGUGCUGAAGGAUGCAUCAGUGCUGGCCGUCAGAGAGAACAGAGAGAAAGUGGUGGAGAAGUUGACGGCGGCUAUCUUGGACCUGGUGGAGCUUUACUGCAACACGUUCAACGCUAACUUCCAGCCGUUAGCAUCAAACCGCGGCUCCUCAGCGCCGCUGCAGGAGGCCGGCCUCGUCAACAACGUGCUCGCUUUCAACGUGCACGCCGCUCACCGCAUCCCCAUAACCUGGGUGGUCAGCUACGAGGGCUUCUUCCUGUCCUGCUCUCUGACUCACGGGGGGGCGGAGCUCUGCGCGCCGCAGCACACCAGCAAACAGGCGGUCAGCAAAUACCUGUUCCACCUGGUGGUGUGGGACCAGAGGGUGUGUUUCCCGGUGCAGAUCAACCAGCUGCCCCGUGAGUCCCAGCUGACAGUCACGCUGCACGCCAGCUCUCUGCCGCCCCCUGCAGGCUCAGAGGAGAAGAGCAGGCCGCGGCGCAGCAUCGAGGCUCUGGGCUGGGUUACCAUGCCGCUGUUCAACUUCAGACACAUCCUGACGUGUGGCAGGAAGUUGCUCGGGCUGUGGCCGUCCGCUCCAGGGAGAACAGGAAACGCUCGGACGAGUUCGCCGAACUUCAGCCAGCCGGACAGCGUGAUCCUGCAGGUUGAUUUCCCCACCUCAGCGUUUGAGGUCCACUUCACCACUCCCCCCCCGGCAGAAUUCUGUCCUCAGUACGAUUUCUCCAGACUGGACGCCAUCAGUCAGAUCAAGCUACAGGAAGUCCUCCACAAGAAGGCCGUGUUCUGGUUGACUCUGGAGGACCGCCUGCUCCUCUGGGAGAAGAAGGCGUUCUGUCAGUCUGAGAGUUCUGCCCUGCCUCUGGUUCUGGUCAGCUCUCCCUGCUGGCAGUGGUCCUGCCUCCCUGAGAUCUACGCCCUGCUGAGGCAGUGGGCCUGCCCCCCCCACCUGGACGCCCUGGGGCUGCUGCACGCCACGUUCCCGGACCAGGAGCUGAGGAGGACGGCGGUUCAGUGGAUGGACUCCAUUACAGACUCAGAGCUGCUCGACUUCCUGCCUCAGCUCGUACAGGCUCUGAAGUACGAGUGUUACCUGGACAGCGCGCUGGUUCGAUUCCUCCUCCGCAGAGCCAUCGGGGACGUUCGCAUCGCACACUACCUCUUCUGGCUGCUGAAGGACAACCUGCAGGACAGUCAGUUCGCUGCUCGCUAUCAGCUGCUUCUCGCCGCCCUGCUGUGCUGCGUUGGUCUCGGUCUCCGGGAAGAGUUCGACCGUCAGUGCUGGCUCGUGUCUGUCCUCGCUCAGGUGGCUCACAAAGUCCGGGACGCGUCUCCAUCCAGCCGACAGUGUGUGCUGAAGGAGGGUCUGGAGGAGAUGAAGCAGUUCUUCUCGGUGAACAGCAGCUGCAGACUUCCUCUCAACCCAGCACUGCUCGUCAAGGGAAUCAACAUCCAGUCGUGUUCGUUCUUCAACUCCAACGCUGUUCCUCUCAAACUGUCCUUCCAAAACCUCGACCCGCUGGGAGACAACAUCAACGUCAUCUUCAAGUCGGGGGACGACCUGCGGCAGGACAUGCUGACGCUGCAGGUGAUCCGCAUCAUGAACAAGAUCUGGAUCCAGGAGGGUCUGGACAUGAGGAUGGUCAUCUUCAAGUGCUUCUCCACCGGCAGAGGAAGAGGGAUGGUGGAGAUGAUUCCUCAGGCCGACACUCUGAGGAAGAUCCAGGUGGAGCACGGCGUCACCGGAUCCUUCAAAGACCGACCGCUGGCCGACUGGCUGCAGAAACACAACCCCACUGACGAGCAGUACGACAAGGCGGUUGAGAACUUCAUCUACUCGUGCGCCGGCUGCUGCGUGGCGACCUACAUCCUGGGUAUCUGCGACCGGCACAACGACAACAUCAUGCUGAAGAGCAGCGGCCACAUGUUCCACAUCGACUUCGGGAAGUUCCUGGGACACGCGCAGAUGUUCGGGAACAUCAAACGGGACCGCGCCCCCUUCGUGUUCACCUCCGACAUGGCCUACGUGAUCAACGGAGGAGACAAGCCCUCCAGCCGCUUCCACGACUUCGUGGAUCUCUGCUGCGAAGCCUACAACCUGAUCAGGAGACACACACACCUGUUCCUCAACCUGCUGGGGCUGAUGUUGUCCUGUGGGAUCCCUGAGCUCUCUGAUCUGGACGAUCUGAAGUACGUAUACGACGCUCUGAGACCUCAUGAGAGUGAGGCCGACGCCACCAUGUACUUCACCAGGCUGAUAGAGUCCAGUCUGGGCAGCGUUGCGACCCGUCUGAACUUCUUCAUCCACAGUUUGGCUCAGAUGAAGUUCUCCUCUGAGGACCGCCCCUCGCUCUCCUUCGCCCCCCGUGUGCACACGGCCCACAGCGGGGGGGGCGGGCUCCUGCGCAGCCUGUACGUCUGCAGACACCUGCGCACGGGCAAGGGCUACGUGUUUAUGGUGAAGGUGGAGCGUGAGGGCCAGCAGGAGGCGCUGCUGCUUCAGAGAUCGUUUGAAGAGUUUCAGGAACUUCACAGCAAACUGAGACUCAUGUUCCCCUCCAACAAACUGCCCAGCUUCCCGAGCCGCCUUGUGAUUGGUCGGUCUCGAGGCGAGGCGGCAGCUGAUAAGAGGAGAGACGAGCUGAACGGAUACGUGUGGCACCUGAUCCACGCCGCUCCUGAGGUCGCUCAGUGUGACCUCGUCUACACCUUCUUCCACCCGCUGCCCCGAGACGAGAGGCCGGGACACACAGCCAGCAAGCCAGAGCUCUCCUGGGCUCCUGCUGCAGGUACAGAGCUCGGCGAGGUGAAGCUGUCGAUCUCCUACAAGAAGGAAAAACUGUUCAUCAUGGUGAUGCACAUCAGAGGCCUGCAGCCCUUGCAGGACGGCUCUGACCCCGACCCCUAUGUGAAGCUGUACCUGCUGCCGGACCCCAUGAAGACCAGCAAGAGGAAGACAAGAGCUGCCAGACGCACCUGUAACCCCACAUACAACCAGAUGCUGGUGUACGAGCGUCUCCCUCGGGGGGACCUGGACCAGAGGGUGAUCCACCUGCGGGUGCUGGGCGACGGGCCCUUCUGGGAGAGCUCGGUGCUGGGGGAGGCCUUCAUCCCUCUGAGGGGCCUGGUGCCGGGGGGGCACUGGGUGGACUGGCACCCCCUGGGGGGCGCAGACUCCGCCCACUGAGGAACACACACACAGGAAGUCCUUUCAAAGUAAAAGCCCUGGAGCGGAUCCGCUGGAGUUGAAUACGUUUGAUUUGUUUUGAAAUGUCUGGACUCUUAUCGGACAUUUUAGAUUAAAAAGUGUUGGUUUUCUUUUUUUUAUGAUCAGGUCCUUUUUACACUUCAAACAAACUUCACAACGAAGUGACUUAAAGAUUAAUGAGAUGAAGUCCUUUCAAAGUAAAAGCCCUGUGGCGGAUCCUCUAGAGCAGCGGUUCCCCUAGUGGGCCGCCAAGGCAUUGGUUUUUGUAUUGACUUUUUUUUUGACUACUAUUCUUUAUUUAGAGCAGGGGGUCCCAAAGUGGGGGUCCCAAAGUGGGGGUCCCAAAGUGGGGGGUCGCGAGAUGAUUUAAAAAAAGAAAAAAAAAAGUGUUAUUAUUUGUAUUAUUAUUAUUAAUAAUAACGUGUGCAUAGACAUUUUUCAGGGGCGGACUGGCCAUCUGUAGAAUGUCCCCGCAGCGAGGC